AUGGACCACGAUCCCGAGUCGAAGACAUACCAUACCGAAGAGAUCGAACACGAUGCCGCCUUCAACGAGAAGGCAGGCGUUGCCGAUUUCAAGAAAGAUGCCAUUGAGGCAGAGAAUGCCGAGCAUGAGAUGACUGUGCUUCAAGCCGUCAGAGCAUAUCCUAUGGCGUCUUUCUGGGCGUUUGUCAUGUCCUGCACAAUUAUCAUGGAAUCCUAUGAUGUCUUUCUGAUGGGCAACUUUCUCGCCCUUCCUGCCUUCACCAAGAGAUACGGAGUUUACAACGCUGCCAAAGAUGAAUAUGUCGUCGUGACCAAAUGGCAAUCUGCCAUGCAGGUGUCGGGUCAACUUGGCGCACUCAUCGGUGUCUUCCUCGCAGGACCCUUGACCAGUCGUAUCGGAUACCGAUGGGCUACAUUGGCUGGCCUCAUGCUCUUGAACGUCUUCAUCUUCGCCUUCUACUACGGCGACUCGCUUCCAGUCUACUUCGUUGCUCAGCUCCUCGAGGGUCUGCCGUGGGGUAUCUUCAUUGCCAACGCUCCUGCGUACUGCAGUGAGAUCGUGCCCAUCAAGCUGAGAGCUCCUGCUACUCAAAUGCUGCAGAUGUUCUGGGCCAUUGGUAGUAUCAUUGUCGGUGCCGUCACGUACCACUACAACACCUACAACCACGACUCCGCCUUCAGAAUCCCCAUCGCUCUGCAAUGGAUGUUCCCGACCCCCCUCGCCAUCCUCAUUUACUUUGCACCAGAGUCCCCGUGGUGGUUGACGCGUCAAGGACGACACGAGGAAGCAGCCACAGCAGUCCAGCGCCUUGGACGCAAAUCUGCCGUCAACGCACCCGAAACCGUAGCCAUGAUGCGGCGAGUCAUCGAACUCGAGCGAAGCGAAAAGAAACCCAAUUACGUCGAACUCUUCAAAGGCACAGAUCUCUACCGAACCCUCAUCGUCUGCGGUGUCUACGCCGCCCAGAACCUCACGGGUAAUCUAAUCGCCAACCAAGCCGUCUACUUCUUCCGCCAAGCCGGAAUCGACACCAACACCGCCUUCGCCCUAGGUCUCAUCACCUCCGCCCUACAAAUGAUCUUCGUCAUGCUCUCCUGGAUCCUCACAACUUUCUUCGGCCGCCGAUCCAUCUACCUCUGGGGUUCAGCCGCCAACACCAUCCUCCUCGUCGCCCUGGGCAUCGCCGCCUCCGUCGGCGUCUCCAACUCCGCCUCCCUAGCCCAAGCCUCCCUAGGCCUCAUCGUCUCCGUCCUCUUCACCCUCGGCCCCGCCCCGGCCUCCUGGGUCAUCAUCGGCGAAACCUCCGCGAUCCGUCUCCGUCCCCUCACCACCGGCAUCGGUCGCGCGACCUACUACAUCGUCGAAAUCCCCUGCAUUUUCCUCGCGUCGUACAUGCUCAACCCCACGGGCGGGAAUCUUGGGGGCAAGUGUGGAUAUGUUUGGGGUGGGACGGGACUCGCGUGUUUGAUUACUGCGUACUUUUUCUUGCCGGAGAUGAAGGGACGGUCGUAUCGCGAGAUUGAUAUCCUGUUUAAACGCAAGAUUCCGGCGAGGCAGUGGAAGAAGAUGGAGAUUGAUGUUAAUUCUGAUGAGUAA